AUGGAAUCCAUUCACAUUGUGAGGAGAUUGGUGGAGCAGUAUAGGGAGAUGAAUAAGGACUUGCACAUGGUGUUCAUUGACCUAGAGAAAGCAUAUGACAAAGUUCCGAGAGAGGUGCUCUGGCGAUGCUUGAAGGCUAAAGGGGUCUCAGUAGCCUAUAUUAAGGUGAUUGAGGACAUGUAUGACGAAGCUAAGACUCGGGUUAGGGAAGCGGGAGGAGACUCGAAACACUUUCCGAUUAGGAUGGGGUUGCACCAGGGAUCAGCUCUUAGUCCAUACCUAUUUUCCUUGGCAAUAUAUGCAUUGACGAGAAACAUUCAAGGUGAGGUAUCAUGGUGUAUGUUAUUUGUUGAUAUCGUAGUUUUAAUUGACAAGAUGCGGGGUGGUGUUAACGAGAGGCUGGAGGCAUACCGGUUAGAUAAGAUUAGGAAUGAAGUUAUUGGGGUAAAGGUGGGAGUGGCCCCUGUGGAAGAUAAGAUGCGGGAGGCAAGGUUGAGAUGGUUCGGGCACAUUAAGAGGAGAAGUAUAGAAGCUCCAGUUAGUAGGUAUGAGCGGUUAGUCUCGGUGGGCAGCAAGAGGGGUAGAGAUAGGCCUAAGAAGUCUUGGGGAGACGUUAUUAGGCGGGACAUGGUGCGGCUGGAGUUGAUUGAAGACAUGGCCCUAGACAAGAGGUUGUUCUCUAGCCGAGGGUCUUAUCGGAAACAGCCUCUCUGCCCUUCCAGGAGUAGGGAUAAGAUUAGUGAUUGUGUGUGGUUCUGCUUGUUAAUUGGAGAAGACGAAGAAGGGGUUCAGCGAGGAACUGCAGUAGCUAGGGAAUUAGGCCG